AUGGCUGCGUUUGAUCACGAAGGGUUUUAUAAAACUGGCGACUACACUGAACGCAUUGGGAAUGACUACUUUUUCAAAGGCAGGGCUUCAUCUGAUUGGGUCCAGUUUCAUGAAUACACGAUAUCUAUUCUGGAGCUCGAGCGUUAUUUCAUGGAUCUUCCAUAUAUUUCUGAAGCCCACGUUCUCCCAGUGCCGGAUCGUGAGGCUGGUUGGUUGGUUGCAGCACUCGUUGAGGUUCAGAAGCCGAAUGCAACCGAACAAGACCACGGUAAUAUCAGCCUUCGGCGUAUACAUGAGGGCCUCGGUGUGCGAAUCUAG